AUGAUCCUGACUCCUGAUCAAGACGUGUACUGUGAGAUCCUUCACCAGAGCAACCCCGACUAUGUGGGCUUCUACUUGUCUGGCGCCAACAAUGCUCUACCUCCUGGCGUCCCUCCUGCCCAGAUCUACGGCUUCAGGCCAAUGACUGCUUUGGAGCUUUCAAACUUUCUGCAGAUGGGAAGGGGCGAAGCUGACCGUGAGAGAGCGAACAGGGAUAUGGCUCCUUUGGCUGCAGCUGGGGCUGGUGCGGGACAAGUAGCUCAGAUCUGGGUCCUUGCAACUAUGGUUGAGGGUCACAAGGUGGGUGAAGAAGUUUUUCCUCCUGCUGGCUUUCCUACUAUGGGCGACUAUGGCUUGAUGAAUGUUAACGAUCCUAGGGGAGCACCCAAGACUGCCAUGAUCAAGAGGAUCAAGCCUGAGGAUCUUCCCACGGCCUGCGAGGAGCUUGUGCAGGUGGCUAGGAGCACUGAAGCGGUGGAUGGCGAUGACAGAAGUGCUUCUGAAGACAUUCGAACCAUGUCAGUCAGGUACUCUGCAAAUGGUGACCGCCUCAGGAACUUCAAGGAGACGGUCGCCGAGAUGCAGGAGUGCGAAAUGGAAGACUUUCCGUUCCAGCCAAGAACUUGCCUGGAAUAUCUCCGGGCGGUGGGAACAGUCGCUGAGUCCAGUGUUGGCCAGCACAAUGCUUGGGUUCAGCAAAGUCGCAUUCCUGAGUCGUCCAGGGCAGUGUACGAGGACGAGGCCUUGUCCCAAAUUCUCGACACCGCCAUCUCCUUCGACUGUCUUCAAGUCUGCAAUCUUGCAUGUUUUGAGCUCCUUGUCAGACGGAAGCAAUUGAUCGCAGAGGCCCACCAGUUCAAUCCAUCUAAUCCUUCAUAUGAGGGAGCUGAAUUUUGGAUGGGCAGUCGUUACAAGAGUGGUGGAGCUAUUGUAGUGCCGGCCUUGACAGAGCAUGUGGCCAAGCAGCUCCAGGCUGAAAGCCAAAUCCUCAAGGAGCGUCGCAAAUUGGCAGAAGCAAAAGGCACAGGUCGUGGAGGAGGUCCAGGCAAGCCGCCGAAAGCUGGUCCAAAAGGAGGGCCACAGGUCGCCUCCACACCGAUCACCAAACCAGGGCUUUCCCGCGGCACUCGGCGUCGGUUACUGACAAAAGCUGCCUUCAAUGAGCGUGUGAACAUGGCCUUGCGCGCUUUGAAUUCAAUGUACUUCGGGGAGAAGGCCACCAUGAGGGCAAAGAGCGUAGAUGACCUCUCAGGGUUGCCUCUGGUGCAGCGUGACUGCAUACUCAAUGUGCAAAAGCAUGUCAAACUGCUUGGGCCUCCUCCCAUGGAUGCACGAUGCCAAGGAGCCUUUGCUGCGCUCCGGGCAGCCAGUUCCUCAUACCAUGAUAUUGAGCCUGGCGUUGGUGAUGUGGUGGAGAUGGAUAUCAAACAGUUGUCACUUCCUUCAGGGAAGGUGGCUGGUGUCUGUCUCGGCCAGAAUCUUUGCGGUGCUGUGAAGGAGAUGGUGGAAAAUUUUGAUUCUUUCAUGCUGCAAGAUGCUUCCGUGUGGACCGAUUUGGAGGCUUGGAGCAGUAUUUUUGCCUUCGCGGUGACAUUACAGCUGACGAGGUUGGGGGAUCUGCGAGAGACACCUCCCGCCGGACGUGGUGCAAAACUGUGGCAAGUGGCACGAGCGGUGGCGUUUCCGGAGGCUGGAUGCCGCGGAAUGGAAGCCGCGGGACCAAGGCGAACCAUCCACAAGGUCAAGCAUGUGGACAGCUCUGGUGCUGGAAAAAGAGCAAUCCAAAAGAAGCAUACCAUCCUGGAACAGAAGAGUGUCAGUUGCGAGGUGAAACAGCAGUAUGCGGGGUACCUCCAGAGGUUCGUGGGCUUCUGCAAGGAGAGCGGAUUCCAUUGGCCUCCCGCUUCAAAUCUGAUAGACCCUCUCCUAACCGACUACCUCGACAUCCUCUACCUAGACAAUCGCUCUUGUCACGAAGGAGAAAAGACGUUGGCCGCAGUGGAGUUCGAAAUGAUCCAGUUGAAAGGCGAAGGCCUAGACAUCAAGGGGCGAAAUGUGAUCCCACCUUCCAAAGCUGCUGGCAUCCAAUACCGCUGGGUGAAUGUCGUGAUCCGCGACAUGGAGGGAGGAAAGCCAGACAAAGUAGGCAUCUACGACAACAGCAUCCCGCUCGAUUUGAAACACACAAAAUGGAUUGGGGACCAGUUGCUGAGAAAGGCAAAAAUGUUGAGCAGUCCGGACAGUCUGAUCUUCACGUUCUCCAUGGAAGAGUUCCGGGUGCAGUUUGUGAAGGCAGCGUCUCAGAUGGGGCUGCACCAAUUGCAUCCAUAUCAGCUCCGCCAUGGCGGCGCAACAGAAGAGCUGACCGCCAAAGUGAGAGAGUUCAACCAAGUCAAAUCCCGUGGCCGCUGGAAAACAGACAAGUCAGUGAGGAGGUACGCCAAGAUUGGGCGUGUCCAGCAGUUGCUGGCGAAAAUGUCCAAACAGGGCACCCGGUUUUGCCAGUGGUCGGAAAAGAACUUAGAGCAAGUGUUUCGUGGCACGAAGGCCGCACGGAAAGUGACAGACUUUUGA